AUGGACUCUUGCGUAAUGUUGCCGUCAAGGUUAAUAUCGGCGCGCGUUUUGACCCAGAUGGCGUCACAUCCCCCAGGGGCGAUGUACUGAGCUGAUUGUUCAAUCGUUUCAGGGUUACUGUAAGUGCGAACAUGUCAGCGAAGGCGGUUUUGUUGGUCGGUGGGGCUCAAAAAGGUAGGUUGUAAAAGAAUUUUUACUACCCUUUUCUCCUUUUUAAACUGUAUAGAAUUAGAUGGAAAUGUAAACAAGAUGAUGUGAAGAUACGAACAUGAUUGCAAACGCAUAAUUUUGAAGAGAUUUUUGAGGUCAAAUUUUGGGUCAAAAUAUUGUACCUAAAAUAAUAUAAAUUCAUGUCUUGUACAAAAAAAUUUCAUGUAUUUGACCUCGAGCCGCCGUAAUAACCUCUCGUUUACCUUGAUUCUCUCGAAAAGAUCUAACAAAGACCGUGGAAUUCGGUGAAUUCGGAGAAAAUUUUUAUUGAAAAACAGAAAACAAUCAAAAAUUUUAUGUAAUUGAAAAAUCGAAGCUAACAAGGAAAAAUAAUUUUUUUUAUAGAAAAUGGUCUCAUUGCACGAUAAACUCAUUCGUUUUAUCAAAAACCUUUAGUUUGAGCUUUCAAAUUGACAGGGGAAGUACUCCAAGUGCGACGCUUAGGUUUUGAUGAAACUUGGCACGAAUUUAGAAUAAUUUUUUCUUAGAUAUAUGCGAGAAUCCUAGCUCGCGCUUUGCAGAAACAGCCGAGAUUUUUAGAUCGAAAGUCGGCGAAAAUUUAGGACUUUUUGCCGAAUUUCGGCAUGAAAAGUUUCAUGAAUAUUUCAACCGUAAAGGAUAAUGUUUCUAUCAAACUUUUCCGCACAAACUUUUCCGCACAAAACUGCCAAAGUUAUGGCAAAAAAGCGCUUUUCUCUCUGACCGCUUUCCACAUUUAGCGUGCUCUCUCGGCGGCAAAAAUCGUUCGAUAUCUCGGCGGCGCCCGCAAAGCGCGAGCUAAAACUUUCAGGAAUUGAUGUUUAGUCCAUACCCGACGUGUGUGCAAAAUUUAAAGAAAAUCUGAGCGUCGCACUUGGAGUACUUCCCCUGUGAGAUUUUUUACUCAAAACAUCUUGUUUUGGAGCUCUGUCUUGCACUCAAUUUGUAAGUUCCACGAUCUGCCAUCCAACUUCCGCAUAGGUGCCUUUGAGCUGUGUUUUGUGCGCGUGUGGGUUGAUCGGUAAUAAAUUACCUUCACUUUUUCUCGCCAGAACUUUCGUGUUGAAUACAGUAGCGUGGGACGGGCUGAUAUAAAAAGCCUCGACACUUCUACGUACCGGGGGUGCUGGAGACAAACUUAGAGUAAAAGUUUUGCAGACAUCAAAGAAAUUCUUCUCCCGCGUUUUGCAGAAAUAAUUAGGGCUUUUUAAAGGAAAUUUGACAAAGAACUACCAUUUUUUUGCGAUUUUGGAAUUGUUAUAAUCAGAGGUUGUUACAUAAGAGGAGUACAAUAUCUUUAGCAAAAAUAAAUUUUUUCCAUGCGAAAGCUCAAGGGAUAUAGCUAAAAAAGUUUUUUCUCUGACCGCUCUCCACAUUUCGCGUACUCUCUCGGCCGCAAAAAUCGUUGAAUAUCUCGGCUGCCACUGGAAAGCGCGAGCUAAAAUUUUCAGGAAUUGAUAUGUAGGUUAGACAUAAAAAGUGUGCAAAAUUUAAAGAAAAUCUGAAUGUCGCAAUACUUAACACUUCCGUUAGAAAAAUCAGAGAUUUCCCACAUUCAAUCCGACCAAAACUCUUGUAUUUUGGCCUGUAUGUUAUUCAGUUGAACGCUCUAAAACAUGUUCUAAUCAAAUUCUUGCAACUCACUAAGUUCACAAAGUUAAUUUACAAAAAAAAAUCGAAUUUACAAACGAAAAAUCACUGUGCUCUUGCUCUCGAACUGUUAUUUGUAUAAAACCACAUGUCAUGCCGGGAUGACGUCAGUUUUCCAAAAUUUUCUCUUCUGAUCGGUUUACACGUUCACUUUGCAGACUCCCCCAUUCUUUUCGAAAACCCCAGAAGAUCCCCUUUCUUCCCGAUGACCCCUUUUUUGAAUCCCUUUCUUCGGGUUUUUCUCCCCUUCAAAUCCAAAAGUUUUCGCUUGGAAUUGACGGAAAAUGCGGAAAAAAUCGUGCGAUAUUUGCAUAAUACGUGCGAACCGAAAAGGUUGGCGCGAAUUUUUUCUGCGGUAGCCUUUAAUCGAACCCGCUAAAAGUGCUGACGUUUUUGAGAGCAAGAGCACAAUGGUUUUACUGUUGUAAUACUGUUGUAAAUUCGCUUUUUUUGUGAAUUCACUUUGUGAACUUAGAGAGUUGCAAGAAUUGGAUUAAAACCAGUUUUAGAGCGGUCAACUGAAGAGCGUACGGGUUAAAAUACUAGGGUUUUGGUGGGUAUGAAUGUGGGAAAUCGCUGAUUUUUUAUAAAGGAAGUGCUAAGUAUUGCGACUGUCAGAUUUUCUCUAAAUUUUGCACACUUUUUGUGCCUAGCCUACAUAUCAAUUCCUGAAGAUUUUAGCUCGCGCUUUGCAAGGGCAGCCGAGAUAUUCAACGAUUUUUGCGGCCGAGAGAGUACGCGAAACGCGGAGAGCGGUCAGAGAAAACACUUUUUUAGCUAUAUCUCUUGAGCUUUUGCACGGAAAAAAAUGAUUUUUGCUAAAAAUGUUGUACUCCUCUUCUGUAACAACCUCUGAUUUUAACAAUUCCAAAAUCGCAAAAAAAAGAUGAUUUUUUGUCAAAUUUCGUUCAAAAAGCCCUAAUUAUUUCUGCAAAACGCGGGAGAAGAAUUUCACUGAAGUUUGCAAAACUCUAACUCUAAGUUUGUGUCCUAUAUUUUUACCAGGUAUGUAGAAUGUCGACGCUUUUUAUAUCACUUUAUGCCACGCUACAGUAUCCAAUAUAAAGCCAAAAAAUUGAAAUUUUCCCUAAAGAGGCUAUUUUUUGCCACAAUCGUUUUUCGACGUAGAACUAGGUCAUCUAUCCUUACUAUCAUCAAUAUUUUCGCGCGUAUUUUACCAUUCUGAAUAUUCAUCUACUAAAUUUUCGAGUUUGAAGUCCUAUUCCUCCAAGAUGGUGCUUCUCGCAGGCGGCGCUCUCUUCUCAAUCUACGCCUUCUUCCUUCUCUUGCCGAUUUUCAUUUUCGCCUAUGUUGUUCAAGCUUGUCCGCUAAGGCUUUGAACAUCCGAAUUUGGAGCAAACUGAUGACUAAAAAUCUCAAGAAAUCAAAAUUUUAUGUGUUUGGAAUCAUAAUGUAUCUUCCGAAAUUGCAGUGCUUGUACAAAUUAGAGGACAAUAAAUAUGAUGAAAUUAAAAUUUAGGAAGUUUUUGAGGGUUAUUUUUUAGCAAAAAUAAUGAUUUAGGGACCAGAUUUCGGCCGCUCUCUUUGGGCCUUCCCAAGCCUCUGUUUCCGGUCGCUGGACUCCCAUUGAUCGAACAUCACAUUGAGCAGUUGUGUGAGGUGAGUUUAAAAUACGGAAAAACAGUCCUUCGAGUUAAAAAAAAGACCUUUUUUUACAACCAAGAACGUAAAAUAGUUGACCAAAGCUUAAAAAAUGGCCUUUUUUGGGCCUCCUGAGGACAUCAAUUUUUGUGGGUAUAAAUAUAUUUUUAAAAAUCCCUCAGGCAAACCGGCAAAAAAAUUAAUUUUUUGCAUGGUUGACUCAUCAAAAAUCAGUGUUUUCUGAGGUGUAAUUUAUAAAAACCCUAAGGGCAUGGUAAGAAAAAAAGUUUUAUGACGAAAAAAUGGAUGCCUUGUGGGUCCCGAAAAUGCAAUUUUCCUUGCUUUUGAACCAUUAUUUCACUAGUUAUUGGCCAAAGAAUUCACCCUACCCAGAUCAGACAUGUACAAUAUUUUUAGUGCAAAGCUCUCACCGAAAUCCUCCUGCUCGGCUUUUAUCCCUCGGAGGAGUUCACUCAUUUCAUCGAAUGUGCCAAGAAGAAGUAUGGGAUUCAUAUCGAAUAUCUGGAGGAGAAUGCGCCCUCCGGAACGGCCGGAGGGUUAUUGCGGUUCCGAGAUCGCAUUUUACAGCCAACGAAGGGAAAGGAGACGGAAUAUGUGUUUGUGCUGAAUGCUGACAUCUGCGGUGACCUGCCGAUUACCGGUGAGUUCGGUUUUUUCAACGUCGCAUCGCGUUGGACGAUUUGGCCUAGGGCGCAGCUCGCGCACUUUAUUUUCUCGAAUUUCGGUGGAGUUUCUCGAAUAUUUGGUUCGUUUUCAGACCUCCUCGACGAAAUCAAGCGUCAACCGGACGCCGAAGCUGUCCUCCUGACCACUGAAGCCACCAGAGACCAGGCCAGCAACUUCGGAUGUCUUGUUGUAGAUCCAAAGUCGAAAAAGGUCCUCCAUUACGUGGAGAAGCCCUCAACUUUUGUCUCCAUCACAAUCUCUUGUGGAAUCUUUAUCCUGCGACCGAAUUUUUGGCCGAAUCAACUUGAACGGGCUGAAGCCGAAGCCGGCGGAAAUGGGACUUUGUGGUAUGAAACGGACGUUUUCCCGCAAAUGGCAUCGGAUGGAAAGCUCUACGCUCUGCACACAACACGAUGGUGGUCCCAGACCAAAACCCCAGCGUGAGUUUUUGACUAUUUUGAUCUUGUUUUAGGCGUUUUAUCGCAAUUUUGCCAUGGAUAAUGUCAAGGAUAAUAUAAUUUGGAAAUUUUAGUGGUGCCCUCUAUGCGAAUGGCCAUUACCUUCGAUUGUAUCGCGUAAAAUGUCCGGAAAGACUUGCGAAGAGCUCUCCCCAAAUAAUUGGCGAUGUUUUCAUCGACCCAACAGCUGUUGUUGAUCCCACCGCAAAAAUCGGUCCCAACGUUUCGAUCGGUGCCGGAGCUGUGAUUGGAGCUGGCGUUCGGGUCAGAGAGUCUAUUAUCCUGCCAGAGUGUGUUCUGGAGGAGCAUUGUUGUGUUCUCCAUGCAGUUGUGGGAUGGAGAAGUAUUUUAGGUAUGUGUAAUAUAUUUUUUUCUUUUUUUUGUUGUUUUUAGUCUCGAAAUGGUUGAAACUGAAUAAAUAUGGAAAUUUCAGAGCCCUGGACUCGUGUUGAAGGCACUCCCAUCGCUCCUAAUCCGAAUGUUCCGUUCGCAAAAUUGGAUAAUAAGCCGUUGUUCAACGGAGACGGCCGUUUGAAUCCGUCACUCACAAUUUUGGGCUCAAAUGUCCGCGUGCUCCGAGAAUUGGUCAUUCUGAACACUGUCGUGCUGCCUUACAAGGAAUUGUCCACCAGCAAACAUAAUCAAAUCAUUUUGUAG